AGAAAGCGUGUAUCGUCAGUAUCGUCAGUCCAAAAUAAAUCUAUUCGAGUGGCGCGACCAAGAACGGUGGAUGCGGCAAACGUGGGGCUGCGUGAGGCGGCGCGGCGUAUCGAGCUUCGCCCCGGACCCCGGUUACGUUGUUUACGAUCAGUUACGAGUUUAUUACUCAUUACGGAUCGCAGCGAGUGACGAGCCGGACCGCGGGGCGCGCGCGGACGAGAGUGCGUCAGUGCGAUGUGCGCGUCGCAGCUCGCAGCUCGCAGCUCGCAGCAGGUGAUCGACUGACGACAGUGACCACUAGGAGCAACGCAGAACGCAGGUAGACGGAUAGGCAGGGCAAGUAGGCAAGCUGAGGUUACCGAGUACCGGGGCGGCCCGAGUCCGAGAUACGCCUCGUCAUGCACUGACGUUGGACAUAGUGGCGUGAUGCGAAGGAAUUCCGAUCGAUCGCGGUCGGACUACUCGGACUCUUGGACUUGGCAGUCAGUCAGUCAGUCAGUCACACGACAGAGGUGCGUCGCGCGACUGCCAGCAGUCAACAGUGUCACCGGUCAGCGUCUGAGCAAGUGAGCAGUGAGCCAGUGAGCAUCAGAGCACGGACGUUUCGAUAACGCGGCACCCACGGUCACACACCGCCGCGCCGGCCUAUUGAACGCCACGAGCCACGAGUCCGUCGAUCAGUGGACCCUCCUCCUUGAGCCUACUAAUCGCUCGACGUACUUUGACCAGCGUGAGACAAUCCCGCGGUCCCGCGCGUCCUCGCUUGUCGGACUGACGAUCGCUCGGUUCAUUCUUCAUUCUCUUGACCGACGACUCGUUGCCCACAUUCUGCCGCAGCCCGUUUCUGUUUGUCGUUCGGAGCGAACGAACGAACUAAAACGCGGGAGUCGAGCGCGACGACGCUCGACUAUAAAAGGACCUACGUUGUGAAAUAUUUCCAAGACAUACUUCGGAACGUGAUUUGUCCUAAUGCGCGACGAGAGCUGCUGAUUGUGAUUAUAAACAUGAAAGUUAUUUUGGCAUCCCGCUACAACUAACGUAAUUUAUAAAUGGAAAUUUGAGUUCGCCAACAAAACAGGAAGAGGACAAACGUGAAACGUGCACGCGGAAGCUACUUGGAGGUUGAAGACUAAAGAGAUGUUAUCGAAAUGGAGUUGGAUCGCUUUUAAUCUUAUUGUCUAUGUAACCACUGCCCCACGCAAAGAAACUCUCCAGGAGGACGAAGCUAAAGCUUUCUUCGAACUAAUCGAGUUGGAUUAUGAAGAUGUAUGUUACAACAUUGCCAAUGUUCAGUGGUCAUUUAUCGUGUCACCUUCCGAUAAAACAUUAUCGACAUGGGAAAUACAGCAAUAUAAUUAUACGGAAUUUACAAAAGCGCAGAAAAGCGAGGUAAUCAAUAAAAUUAAGAAUACAAAAGAACAGCUGAAACCAUCUCUUCAAUAUAAAUAUGACGUGAUUGAGAAACCUGGCGACACGUUGCUAAAAGAUGAAGAUUGGAAGAAGCUUAUACAUUUCGCUGGCGUCGUGGAAUUGCAACGAUCAAUUAUUAGUCACGUGAAUAAGUCGCAAAACUAUUCACGGGAAGGUGUGGAAUAUUUACUCUCUCAUAGUGGAAAACUAGAAGAUAAGCAAGCUGCUUGGAACGCUUGGUAUCGCCAAUUUGUACCGUUAGUGACAAAUUAUUCAAACAAUUUGCCACUCCUCGAUGAAGCCGCGAAACAAAAUGGAAUGGAAAAUGUUAAGGAAUAUUGGGAAAUGCUGUCAGGAUAUUCGGAUGGAUAUGAUAAAAUACACAGUGAAUGGAGUCGGAUCAAUAAUCUUCAUAAAAAGAUUGUAAAAUUUAUCAGUACAAACUUGGCUCGAAAGUAUGAUAUUACUAUAAAUGAUACACUUCCAGCUUAUUUACUCGGUAGCUUACAAGGACACGACUGGACGGAUAUAUCAUCAGACGCAUUACCCUACUCAGAAUUAAUUUAUGAUCUCAAAAGAAAUCUCUGGAAAAAGAAAUACGUGGGAAAAUCUUUGUACAAGACUGCAUCCAAUUUGGGUUCAAUAUUGUUGAAACAAGUUCCACAAGCGGGAUUUUGGGAUAAGAGCGAAUUUAACCAACAAUGCCCGUCCAGAUUGUUGAACUUUUGUCGUGAGGGUACAAUGAGAGUUUCUACUUGUUCCAAAGCCACAAUGAGCAAUUUCUUGACAGCGCAUGAAAACGUUGGGAAAGUAUUAUUUAAUCAAAUGACUGUAGAAAACACUCCUGUUCUCGAUACAGUUAACAGGUACUCAGGAUUAGAAGAAGGUAUAUCGACACUAUUUGGGAUACUAUCGGCAAGUCCUGCGUGGCUCAAUCAUACUCAUUUAAUGAACGGUAGUAAGGAUAAUGAGCAACGAAUGAUCGUGUCUUUAAUGAUAACCGCUCUGAAUGUACUCCCACGAUUAGCAUAUUAUUACUCCGCCGAUUUAUGGAGAUUAAAUGCGAUUGAAGAGAAUAUUACAGAUCCGGCAGAUUUGAUAGCAUCAUGGUGGAAGUACAGGCAAGAGUACGAAGGUAUCUCCUCUCUUAAUAUGGAUAAUCCUACUUUCAUGGACGAUAGUUAUAUUGUUAGAAAUAAACCAUAUCUUCCCAAAAUUCUUGGCACAAUGCUAUCUUUUCAAUUAUAUGAAUAUAAUAUGGAUUCAACCGAAGUCAGAUACAAUGAUAUUGACGGAAAGUUAAUAAACGGCAAUAUAAUAAAAAUGAUUCAACAUAGUGGAGCACGCGAGUGGCAAGAUGUCCUGAAUAACUUCGUUGAUAUAGACGAUAUAUCGGCGGAUGCGCUUGUUCUGUAUUUUACACCGUUGGAAGAAUUCAUCGAAGAAAACGAAGACGAUUUCGAGUAUAAGUCUGGAGCGACGGCGGAUAAAGAACUUGAAGAAUUGGAGAAACAUAUUUUGCGAGAGAUCAAUACUCCUACUACAACGCCUCCGACAGCUAUUACAACAAAAGCGACGUCGUACAAGAUAAUAAGUAACGCGAAAAACAUGCAAUCAAAGGUAGAAAAAUCUUUAGAAUCGAAAUCGUCCAUAUAUAUAAAAGAAGAUAAAAACAAUCCUGGGUUGAACUCACCAACAACACAAGUUUCUUUCAACAAAUCAUCAUCGUCGAUGCCCGAUGUUUUGAACGGUACAGAGAAUAACACACCAAAGAUUAGUACUAGUAAAGCGGUAUGGGCUCUAAGCGCAAUUCUUAUCGCGAUAGUAGUCAUUUGUAUCAUUGCGAUUUUCGGAAGACGAAGAUGUCGUAAAACGCCAAAAAAUAGACGGUACGUUUAAUAGUAUAAAUUUUUGUUACUAAAUAUAUUUAUUUCUCGCAUUUAGGCGUUAAGAGAAUUUAAUCAUGUAACUUAUUAUCGCAACAAUACCUCUCAUUUAAGGGAGUCAUUUUCUAAUCGCUCUUUGGAGUAUUCGACAUCGUGCAUUCCUUAGUAAUGUUCCUUGUAGGCUACGUCCACUUUUUUCGGACAUCACUAACGAUCACGUAGCUCAAUCACAUUUGCCUUGUAUUUCUACCUCCAAAUCUUACCUAGGAAUGAGCUUUUAGCUGCUCCUUUGAUAUUACAAGUUUUUUGAUAAUAGACUUAUCUCUCGAUCGAUUCAUAUAUUAUCCUAUCAUUCUAGGUAAUUACAACAAUUUAUACGAGUAGUAUUGGGCACAAAGGAUCCUAAACGAAUAAAAUGCGAUUGCAAUUUUUUAUAUACCUAUCGUAUAAUAAUAUUCAUGUAUAUAUAAAAAAUAUGGUUAUAUUGUAUAUUGUAUACAUACACAUAUGUAUAUGUAUAAGUUUUCUGAUUUGUAAUGCCAAAUCUAUACCUCAAUGACUGGUUUAUCGCUCCCGUCAUAUGAUGAUAGCACGAUGAUAGCACAAUUAAGAAAGUUAUAUAUAAGUGUUGUACAUAAUCGAUAGUUACAAAUGACAUUUAAGAAAAGAGAAUAUAGGUAAUUAAGAGGUUAUAGAGCUUAUACAUAAUGAUAAUCAUUAUGCAAGGUUUAAUAUUUCAGCGUACUUAGCAUAAGUAGAUUAUUUUUCUACAAAUAUUGUAGUAUCGUCAAGUAUUGUGCUUGUGCGGCGUUUACAUAUCAUUGUGAAAAAUUUAUAUUUUUUUAUAAAAAUAUCUCAUAUAUCUGUCUUGACACAUCUGUUCAAUAGAACCAUAAAAUAUUCCAUAGUUAAAAAAUCGAUAAUCAAUGCGAUUGUGCCAAAGAAAUCGCGCGGUUUUGCCUAUAAUUUCUUAAAAGUGUAUAUACAGACUAUAGGAACUGUAAGAGAACAGUAAAGGUAUAUACAGCGUGAAACAUACUGUAUCCAUUAAUUAAAUAAACAUUUCAUCAUAAAAAUAAAA